UGGACGCGCAGAGCCAGAGCUUUUGUCCGGAAUCCAGAGCCCCGCUGAACCCAAGCCCGAGCCGGCCGAGCCGAACUCUGCCCUGCGCUCGUCUCACGGCCCCGCGCCCGGCCCCCUCGGUCCCUCUGCUCAAUGAAACUGUCUGCGAUGAUCAAGAAGAUGUGCCCGAGCGACUCGGAGCUGAGGAUCCCGGCCAAAAACUGCUACCGCAUGGUGGUCCUCGGCUCGUCCAAGGUGGGCAAGACGGCCAUCGUGUCGCGCUUCCUGACGGGCCGCUUCGAGGACGCCUACACGCCCACCAUCGAGGACUUCCACCGCAAGUUCUACUGCAUCCGCGGCGAGAUCUACCAACUGGACAUCCUCGACACGUCCGGCAACCACCCGUUCCCCGCCAUGCGGCGCCUCUCCAUCCUUACCGGAGACGUGUUCAUCCUGGUGUUCAGCCUGGACAACCGCGACUCCUUCGAGGAGGUCCGGAGGCUCAAGCGGCAGAUUCUCGACACCAAGUCGUGCCUAAAGAACAAGACCAAGGAGGACGUGGACGUGCCCCUGGUCAUCUGUGGCAACAAGGGGGACCGCGACUUCCACCGCCAGGUCGAGCCGCGCGAGAUCCAUCAGCUGGUGGGCGCCGACCCCCGGCGCUGCGCCUACUUCGAGAUCUCGGCCAAGAGGAACAGCAGCCUGGAUCAGAUGUUCCACGCGCUCUUCACCAUGGCCAACCUGCCGCGCGAGAUGAGCCCGGACCUGCACCGCCGCGUGUCGGCGCAGCACAGCGAGGCGCUGCACCAGAAGGCGCUGCAGGGCAAGAGGCUGCGGCGAGCGGGCGGCGACCGAGACGACGCCUUGGGCAUCCUGGCGCCCUGGGCGCGCAGGCCGAGCGUGCACAGCGACCUCAUGUACAUCCGCGAGAAGGCCAGCGGCGGCGGCCAGGCCAAGGACAAGGAGCGCUGCGUCAUCAGCUAGGAGCCCCCGCCCCACGCGGCCGCAGAGCCUCAGAAGGCCCUGUAGUUCGAGUGUCCAGGCCACGUGCCCCAAACCUCGGGCAUCUUCCUUCCCGGCGCCCCAGCCCGUGCACCGGGGAGACUCAGCGAACAGA